UAAAAACACCAUCGCUCAACCUGCUCAACCAUCUCCACUAGCUCUCCACUCAGAUGGACGUCGCCGACGCUGCCUCCAAGUCCGGCCACCAGGAGCAGGGUCACAGGACGGUGUCAUCGGAGCCGCCGAAGCGGCCGGCGGGGCGGACCAAGUUCCGUGAGACACGACACCCGCUGUACCGCGGCGUGCGGCGCCGUGGCCGGGUCGGGCAGUGGGUGUGCGAGGUGCGCGUGCCAGGAGUGAAGGGCUCCAGGCUCUGGCUCGGCACCUUCACCACCGCCGAGAUGGCGGCGCGCGCGCACGACGCCGCGGUGCUCGCGCUCUCCGGCCGCGCCGCCUGCCUCAACUUCGCCGACUCCGCAUGGCGGAUGCUGCCCGUGCUCGCGGCCGGGUCGUUCGGCUUCGGCAGCGCGCGGGAGAUCAAGCUUGCCGUCGCCGUCGCCGUCGUCGCGUUCCAGCUGCAGCAGAAUAUUCCUCCAGCCGCGUGUCCAACGGUGGAGCCGACCGACAGCCCGAGCAACUCUCUGUUCUACAUGUCGUCCGGCGACCUGCUGGAGCUCGACGAGGAGCACUGGUUUGGCGGCAUGGAUGCCGGGUCGUACUACGACAGCUUGGCGCAGGGGAUGCUCGUGGAGCCGCCGGACGACAGAGCGAGGCGGGAGGACGCCGAGCAGACGGGCGUCGAGACACCGACGCCGCUAUGGAGCUAUUUGUUUGACUAAUUCAGCACGCAGUGUAAAGUUGUCGAUAGUUCUGUUGUGUUCUUCCCGAUCUGGGAACAAACUGAGUAGGCAGUUUUUUUUUUGAACGUUGUAGUAGGCAGUUUGAAGCUCCCGGUUUCUACUUUUGUGAGAAUUGGACCCUAAGAUUGCUCAUCAUUGUUAUUUCUCAAUUACUGGUAUUG